CCCUUCUCUCUCAUCUUCUUGUUUUUCUAGAUGUUUCCCCUGCCAGUGGCUAAUGGAAAAAACAGACCCACGACCCUAGCGAGCACUCAGUUUGGAGGAUCAGGUUUGGAUGAAAGACCGGGAUCAGGUUCCUGGGGAACGGGAGAUCAAAACAGCUCCACAUUUGACCAAGGAAGGCAGAGCUAUGGCGAAGGGCCUCACUACGGCGAGCACAGGGACCUGCCGUCCCACAACAGCAUAUCUUCAUCACCAUUCCUGGGAGCUGGACUAGUGGGGAAGAGCAGUGAAAGAGCCUCCUACUCCACGUUUGGAAGAGACACGGGGAUGCCAGGACUGAAUCAGACUGGUUUCCUGCCCAGCGAAAUGGGAAUCGCGAGUCCGAGCACGCUUUCCCCCACCGGGGUGAAAGGGGGGUCUCAGUAUUUUUCUUACCCCAACAAUCCUCGCAGGAGAGGUGCUGACAGCAACAUAGACGGACAGCCCAAAAAGGUUCGGAAGGUGCCUCCUGGACUCCCCUCCUCGGUGUAUCCAUCCAACUCAGGUGAUGACUACAGCAGGGAUCCAGCUGGAUAUACUCCCUCAAAACCUCCCAGCACUGUGUAUCCCGGAGCCUUUUAUAUGGCAGACGGCCUCCAUAACUCGCCAGACCUGUGGAGUUCACCGGGUGCCAUGAGCCAGUCGAGUUACGGUGCCAUGCUGGGCAGCUCCUCCUCCCCGCUCCCCCAGUCCAGCGGCUUCAACAGUUUACAUCAGCACGAACGCAUGAGCUCCCAGCUUCGUUCAGGAGAGGUUAACGGCGGCCUCCCCUCCGUGUCUGGCUUUUCCUCUGCCUCCACGCCGUACGGGGUCUCCAGUCACACGCCCCCCAUCAGUGGGACGGACAGCAUCAUGGGUAACAGAGGAACCACAGCUGGGAGCUCGGGAGACGCGCUCGGGAAGGCACUAGCUUCAAUUUAUUCCCCCGAUCACUCUAGCAAUAACUUCUCGUCAAACCCCUCUACACCGGUCGGCUCCCCUCAGGGGCUUGCAGGCACAUCCCAGUGGUCGCGAGCAAGCGGACAGGGUGCCUUAUCUCCCAGCUACGAAGGGAGCCUCCACACUUUACAAAACAAAAUGGAAGACAGGUUGGACGAAGCCAUCCACGUGCUGAGGAAUCACGCCGUGGGCCAGACAGCCGCCAUGCCGAGCAACCACGGGGACAUGCACGGGCUCCUGGGCUCCCCCCCAGCCCACAGUGCCACCGUGGGCAGCCUGGGCCAGGCCUUCCCCGCCUCGGUCAUGUCCCUGGGGAACAGGCACCCGAGUCUGGUGGGAGGAGGUCACCCCGAAGAUGGGUUGUCCAGCAACCCCAGCAUGCUCCACAACCAUGUCACACUUCCGUCACAGCCCAGCUCACUCCCUGACCUCAACAGGCAGCAAGACACGUACAGCGCAGGCUUGUCAGGAGGGCUGGGGCGAAGCAGCGUCUCCUCGGGAACCAGCGAAAUAAAGAGGGAAGAGAAGGAGGACGAGGAGAACACGUCGGUGGCAGAUAACUCAGAAGAGGAGAAGAAGGAGCUGAAACCCUCCCGGAACAGAACAAGGUGCUCUUUGAACAGUCAAGAUGAGGAUGAGGAGGACGAUCUUCUUCCCCCAGAGCAAAAAGCCGAGAGAGAGAGAGAAAGGAGGGUCGCCAAUAAUGCCCGUGAGCGCCUGCGGGUCCGUGACAUCAACGAGGCCUUUAAAGAGCUCGGACGCAUGUGCCAACUCCACCUAAACAGCGAAAAACCGCAGACCAAACUGCUAAUCCUACACCAGGCCGUAUCAGUCAUACUGAACCUGGAGCAACAAGUUAGAGAGCGCAAUCUGAACCCUAAAGCAGCCUGCUUGAAGCGUCGGGAAGAGGAGAAAGUGUCCGGAGUAGUAGGAGAUCCCCAGAUGACACUUUCAGCUUCACAUCCUGGUCUAGGAGAUGGUCACAACCCUGUUGGACACAUGUAAAGAUCUUUUUGUUCCUCUGGAUAGAGAGAUCUGUAGGAAGAAAACCCUUGGUGUGACCUGCGACCUUCUCGAACCAUAAACUUUAGUACUGCUAAUACUGACACACGUGGAUGGAUCCUGGCAUGACGUAAGGGGUGGAAAAAAACACUUUUUCAAAAACAAAACGAAAACAAAAAAAAUUGCCUUAAGUAUAAAGUGCGGAACAGUCAAUACAUAUCACUCAGUUAGGAGGGGGUGGCGUGUUCUCUUGGCUUGUUCACAAGCAGCCAGCAGCAAAAUUGUGCCUAAGCUUGAUAUUUCUUUUUUAAAAAAAAAGAACAUUAGUUAUGAGAUUUUUUAUGUAGAACAAAUAGCAAUGCCUUUUGGUUUUUUUAGCUUAUUUUGCAUAUGUUUUGUAAGCAACGAAAAGAAUUUUUUUUUGUAUAAAAAAAAUGUCUUGUACCCCACGCUUUUCUGCUGCUGUUUCUAUAGUUAACGUUGCAUCUUUAGGAUCAACCAGAAUAUUAAAAUUGUAUUAAGAGAGACUGGAUAUAAAGAGAGGAAUUCUCAGAUUCGGCUCUGAAAGCCACUAAAAGCGAAUGUAGCCACAGCGAGGGGAUGUUCUUCCUUGCCUGGCUUGUACCUUCCAUGAUAAAAAAA